AGGCAGUCUCCAAUGAAAGUGUCCAUCAUCCCCUGCAAAGAUGCCACGCAAACUCCUUAAAUUCCUGAUCAUCUUCGACAACACAUCAUUGCUUUACUUCCCGGGACAGUUCCUGUCCGGCCGGGUACUCAUCGAACUCCAGGACGAAACGCCGGCAUUAGGUCUUCACUUUCAUGUGGUGGGCGAGGGCGUCGUCCGCAAUGGCCGGCGGCAGGAACGAACCUACGACAAAGAGAACUACAUUGAUUUUCGUAUGAGACUGCUCGGGGACGUGGAUCAAGGUGGGCCGGCCAUCCUCUCCCCAGGCAUUCACAGUUUUCCCUUCAAGCUCGGACUGCCGCAUGGCCUGCCUUCCACCUUCCUAGGGCGCUAUGGAUGGAUCCAGUUCUAUUGCAAGGCAGCACUGCGGGAAAACAACGGCGUUAUCCACAAAAACCAUCAGGUCUUUAUCGUAAUGAACCCCAUUGACCUGAACCUGGAGAAGCCCAUUCUGGCGCAACCAUUCACCUGCGAGGUUGACCACAAGCUGGGCGUCGUUUGCGUAGGCGGAGGGCAGAUCAAGUGCAGGGUUUCUCUGGACCGCGGAGGGUAUGUGCCGGGCGAGAACAUUCUGGUCACGGCAUUCAUUUCCAAUCACAGCAACGUGACCGUCAAACGGACAAAGGCAUCUCUCACAGAGACCAUCGAGUACCUGGCUCGGGGCAAGGUUGUGCAGACCGAGAAGCGGGAGUUGGCCGUUCUAGUGCGCGGAAAGAUCCGACCCGGUGGCAAGGACGAGUGGCACAACGAGCUGUAUGUUCCACCGCUGCCGCCAACGAACCUGCAAGGCUGUCACUUGAUUAAGACUUCCUACGAUGUCUUCUUCGUCAUUGAACCCAAGUCCCUGGAAAAGGAGAUUAAGCUGCAACUGCCCAUCGUACUUGCCACAUAUCCGUUCCGCAAUUCCGGUGACUCUGCGAAUCCGAAUACAUGGCCGGAGUCGGUGCUCAAGCCGGACACCCACACCCACUAUCCCUCCACGCUUCCAAUCUUCCGGCCCUGGCUGAAUGAGAAGCCUAGCGAGGCAUAGCACAGGAGCCUGAAAUAUUGGAGCCCCAUAGCCACAUGAAUGCCCAUAGUUCAGUUAACAACAAUGCGCCAUAAACAAACUUAAACUACUGUAUUUAACUCGUACGUUUAUAGCUCGGAAACUUUGUAAAUGUAAAAUGAUUAA